AUGUCGAUGCCACAUAGCAGCUCUAGUACAACAAGCUCCAGUACAAAACGCAAAGAAAUAUACAAAUACCAAGCACCAUGGCCAUUGUACUCUAUGAAUUGGUCUGUGCGGCCAGACAAGAGAUUCAGGUUAGCCCUGGGUAGUUUUGUUGAAGAAUAUAAUAAUAAGGUACAAAUUAUAUCUUUAGAUGAAGAAACAAGUGAGUUCAGUGCUAAAAGCACUUUUGACCACCCAUACCCCACCACCAAGAUUAUGUGGAUACCUGAUAGCAAGGGAGUGUAUCCAGAUUUACUAGCCACAAGUGGUGAUUAUUUACGCAUAUGGCGCGCUGGUGAGCCGUACACCCUUUUUGAAUGUGUGCUUAACAACAACAAGAACUCUGACUUCUGUGCACCACUCACAUCCUUCGACUGGAAUGAAGUAGAUCCCAAUCUGAUUGGCACAAGCAGUAUUGACACUACAUGCACAAUAUGGGGGCUUGAGACAGGUCAAGUGCUGGGCAGAGUCAACGAUGUAUCUGGACAUGUAAAAACACAGUUGAUUGCUCAUGACAAGGAGGUGUAUGACAUUGCAUUCAGUCGGGCUGGAGGGGGACGGGACAUGUUCGCGUCUGUAGGCGCUGACGGAUCUGUGCGAAUGUUCGAUCUACGGCAUCUCGAGCACUCCACCAUCAUAUAUGAGGAUCCGCAGCACACGCCGCUGCUGCGGUUGGCGUGGAACAAGCAGGACCCCAACUACCUGGCCACGGUGGCAAUGGACGCGUGCGAGGUGGUGAUCCUGGACGUGAGGGUUCCCUGCACACCCGUGGCUCGCCUCAACAACCACCGUGCCUGCGUCAACGGCAUCGCCUGGGCGCCCCACAGCUCUUGUCACAUAUGCACAGCGGGAGAUGACCACCAGGCAUUAAUCUGGGACAUCCAACAAAUGCCUCGCGCCAUUGAGGACCCAAUUCUUGCCUACACAGCUGCUGAGGGUGAAGUCAACCAGAUCCAAUGGGGUGCGACACAACCCGACUGGAUCGCUAUCUGCUACAAUCGCCACACCGAGAUACUGCGGGUUUAA